CAUUUACGUGUAGAAAUUCAUAUGCAUAUGAAUUGUUCUAUGGUCGGAAGUAAAUUUCUGUUCAUUUAUAACUUCUGUUAUUAGAUUUCCUGUAUUUGACAUUUGUAAAUACUGGAAAGUGAAUGAAAUGCCACCUAAAAAGGCACCUGCUCCCAGCAAAAAGGCGGAGCAGAAGAAAAAAGAGAAAGUUAUCGAGGAUAAGACUUUUGGUAUAAAGAACAAGAAAGGUGCCAAACAACAGAAAUUUAUUCAACAAGUAGAGAAGCAGGUAAAAUCAGGUGGUGUUAAUCCACGGAAAUUAGAAGAUCCUAAUAUUAAAAAGCUUGAAAAAGAAAAAAAAUUAAAGGAGCAGAAAGAAUUAGCUCUCAUAUUUAAACCUGUGCAAACACAAAAAAUAGAUAAAGGAACUGAUCCCAAAUCGGUAGUGUGUGCAUUCUUUAAACAAGGACAAUGUACGAAAGGUGAUAAAUGUAAAUUUUCUCAUGAUUUAAGUGUAGAAAGGAAAGCAGAAAAACGUUCAUUAUACUGUGAUAUGAGAGAUGAUGAUAAAGAAACUGAUACAAUGGAUAAAUGGGAUGAAGACAAAUUAAAAGAAGUUGUUGAGAAAAAGCAUGGCAGUGGUAAUCGUCCAACUACAGAUAUUAUUUGUAAACAUUUUCUAGAAGCGGUUGAAAAAUCAAAAUAUGGUUGGUUUUGGGAAUGCCCAUCGGGACAAAAAUGUAUCUAUAGGCAUGCUUUACCACCUGGUUUUGUUCUUAAAAAAGAUAAAAAGAAAGAAGAUAAAAAAGAUGAAAUUUCCUUAGAAGACUUAAUCGAAACAGAGCGAGCGAAUUUGGGACCAAAUCAAACGAAAAUAACAUUAGAGACGUUCUUGGCGUGGAAAAAGAGAAAACUAAAAGAGAAGAAAGAACAGGCCCUGAAAGACGAAGAAAAAAGACGGAAUGAUUAUAAAGCUGGCCGCCAAGUCGGUAUAUCUGGCAGAGAAAUGUUUUACUUUAAUCCGGAGCUUGCAGCUGGAGAUGGUAUUGAUGAUGGAGACGAAGCAAUAUCUAGUUAUGUCCGUGAAGAAGAUGAGGCUGAAGAAAAGGUUGAAUAUAGGGAACUUGACAUGGAUAGACUUGCACUUGAAGCUAGUGAAAUUGAUACUUCCGGAAUAACUGUAGCUGGCGCAGAUCGAUUGAAAAAUAAUAAAGAUAUAAAUAAUGAAAGUUCCACAGUUACUGUUGGUGAAGGUGCAGCUGCAUUAGCAAUUAAUGAAAAUCUAUUUAAAGAGGAAGAUUUAGAAGGCUUAGAAGAAGAAUUAGAAGAUUUAGAUUUAGAAGAGUGAUUUAAAUAUUUUGUUCAAAUUCUUCCUUUGACUCAAUGUAUUCAUUUAUCUGUAUCUUUACAAUAUAUGUGUCGAUAUAUUAUACAUACAUUUACUAGCUCGAAAUGUAAUAUCUUGUAUAUUAUUACUUACAUAUUUUCAAACAAUAUACUUACACAAAAAGUACAUGUAAAGAGCUGGUCUCGUGCAAGUUACUUGAAAUUGAAAUUAAUGUAUUUUAAUGUAAUUGUUUUACAAUUUUUUACGAUGAAAAAUAUAGUCGAAUUCUUUGUUAUUGCAUUCAUAAGUUAUUUAACAUCUCUGUGAAUUUGAAAGAUAUAAAAUUGUUACAAUUUUAACGAUAUUUAAAGUAACAGUUUUUAAAUUACUUUUAAUAAUGUAAUUGUAGAGUUAAAGCAGAUAACUUAAAUUGUAAGUAAAAUUAAAAUUUAAUGUGAUAACGAGACUGGCAAAUAAAACAAAUCAAUUUUUCAAAAAUAUUUACGACAUAUAUAAUUACUAACAGCGGUAAAAAUAUUAACUUAUAAAGUCUUUUGAUUUAUUAGGAUUGAAACAUUCAUAAAGAUGUGAAUAAAAGUGCGCAUGAAAAAAUAUAA